GAGAAGACCAAAGUGUUUCAGCUGUUUUAAAAAACACUACAAUUUGUCCAUGUUUCAUCUUUUUAAAGUUACCACCACAAGUUGUACAGUUGAAAGAAAACCCGUAGAUGGUGAAUCAUGGAUCCGGCAAAUGGUGCUCAAGAUUCAGGGUCCUUUCUGACUCCUUUGUUGAUUUCCUUGGCCGGCAUAGUUGCCACUUGUCUAGCACUAAUUGUAUACCAUUUUUUACUUGUCAAAUACUGCCUGAGAUGGGGAGAUCAACCGGAUGAUGCUACAAAUCCCUCCAUAGCAACUGGGCUUCAACAUAAAAUCCUGGAAACAAUUCCAAUCCUGUCUUUCUCCAGGGAUAAAGAUGAAGAAUUGGGCACUCAUCAAACUGAAUGCGCUGUUUGCUUGGGAGAACUAAAGGAAGGGGAGACUAUCCGCUUGUUGCCAAACUGCAGGCAUUUGUUUCAUGUCCCGUGCAUUGACAAUUGGUUUUUGGCACAUUCUACCUGUCCUAUUUGUCGAACACUUGUAGACUAUACUAGUUUAGAAUCGCCUCCGGCCAACCAUAUUGGAGGAGAAAGGGUUCCGUAUUUGGCUCGAAACAUCGGACAAGGUGGCGAUCAGGCCUCAUCAACUUCCGGGGUUCAGUCAAAUACUUUGUUAAGACAUUGUCUGCCCCUGGUGUUCCCUAGAGAAAGUAAAACACAUGUGAUCACAGGGUUGAAGGGAUCCUUGUCAAUGGAUCAGUUCCACAUAUACAUUAACUUAAUAGAUGACAGUGGAGAUGCUUCUUCUUCAACAUCAAAGAUGAUUUUGUGGAAGAGCAAUUCUUGUAAGGCUCCAUCUAUGAGACAGUUGGAUCGAAUGUCUUCAUUGUUGAGGUCUUUCUCACAAUUGCGAGUAGGUAGGAGUAGAACCAGUGAUGGAAUUCUUCCUUAUUAACAUGAUGUUUGGAAACAAAAAUUUGGUUGAUGCUUUCGGUUGCUUCGAAAAUUUACUUCAUCCAGGUUCAUAAUCCUAAAUCAUGUUUAUACUCUGUUUAUUAAAUUUCCAAGCCCUAUAUUCGGAAAAAAAAAUUCUAAUA